AACAGGUGUCACCGUCACUGUUCCUUAGCGCCUCCGCAAAUGGUAACGUUUCUCCGCCGUGGAAAAAAAUGAGCGACUUAGGUCAAUUUCGCUAAUCAAAAAGCUGUCUUUUUUUACUUCCACAUGAUUGCCUCCUUCUCCUUCUCCACACUCCAAAUCUCCAUCCCAGAUUCGAUUCCUUCUUCUCCUCGAUUUCUUCCGCUUGGUCAACACCAGCUCCGGUUCCGAUUUCGCGCUCGACCCAAGAAUCUCGAUCAUAUGGAGUUGAUGAAGCGCCUCGGAAUCGGUUGCUUUGCGGCGAAGCAUAGCACAAGGGAGAUGAAGACGGAGAAGGACAGCGGCGGAGAGGAUCUGUUCGUGGAGUCUGCAGCGAAGCCGGAUCAUUUGGUGGUCAUGGUGAACGGUAUCAUCGGAAGUUCGGCGGAUUGGAAGUAUGCGGCGGAGCAGUUCGUGAAGAAGUUCCCGGACAAAGUACUUGUGCACCGUAGUGAGAGUAAUAGUGCAACCUUGACCUUUGAUGGUGUUGAUAUGAUGGGUGAAAGGCUAGCCAAUGAGAUCUAACGAUUUCAUAGGACUGGGUUGAAGAAGAUCUCAUUUGUGGCUCAUUCGCUAGGAGGUCUUGUUGCAAGAUAUGCGGUAGGGAAGCUGUAUGAAAAGCCAGGGGAAGCCAACUCUUUGGAGUCUCCUUCAAAGGCCAAGAGCGGCGUAAUAGCUGGGUUAGAACCUAUGAACUUUAUAACUUUCGCAACGCCUCAUCUUGGUUCCAGGGGACAUAGACAGUUCCCGAUUCUCUGUGGCCUUCCUUUUCUUGAAAGAACAGCAUCCCAAACCGCUCACUUGGCUGCUGGGAGGACCGGAAAGCAUUUGUUUCUGGUGGACAACGAUGAUGGGAAUCUCCCACUUCUUAUCCGGAUGGCUACUGAUUCUUUUAACUUCAAAUUCAUAUCGGCUUUAAAUGCUUUCAAGCGGCGUGUGGCUUAUGCAAACGUGAACUUCGAUUACAUGGUUGGAUGGAGGACAUCUUCUAUUCGCCGUCCAAAUGAGCUCCCAAAGCCAAAUCUUCUAGCAACUGAUCCAAACUAUCCACACAUUGUAUACGUAGAACAUGGAAAUGUAGAUAAUGGUAGUUGCAAGUCAACCUCUGCAGUAGUAAAAGAUGAAAACACUGAUCUUGAAGAGGAAAUGCUACAUGGGCUUGGUCAACUAUCUUGGGAAAGAGUAGAUGUAAGCUUUCACAACAGCAAGCAACGAUACGUAGCUCAUAAUACCAUUCAGGUGAAGACAUAUUGGUUACAUUCUGAUGGUAAAGAUGUUGUCUUUCACAUGAUGGAUCAUUUCUGUCUCUAGCCCCCAAACAUUUUCAUCCAACUGUUCACCCACAGUUUCAACCGCUGCAAUUAAGUCAGCAAUGUAAGAAGGUGGAUAAGGAUUACAAACUUCUCUCAUUUUUUUUUUGGUUUGGUUAUUUGUAUCAUAUGAUGCUUACAUUACAUAUCAUGGUUAAGUUCUUGCGACUUAACCUUUGUGUUUAUUUGAAAUGUAUUAUAUUCUGUGCGAACGAUGAAUCUGUACAGAUCUAGUCGUUCUUUGUAAAACUUA